UUCAACUUGCAUCUGUUACGAUGUUGUUUCCAUUUGCCUUGUUUGGUUUCUUUAGCUUGUUUUUGCAUCUUUACAGGGUUCUUUGGUUAAAGCAACAAUUGCUUCGAUCUAGGCUCCACAAGCAAGGGAUAAGAGGUCCUCCCCCUACCUUUGUCUUUGGGAAUGGUCUAGAGAUCAAGAGGAUACAAAAUUCCAAAUCAACAGCAGUUAAGACUUCCAACAAGGAAAACCUAUCACAUGAUUUUGCUUCUACUCUCUUCCCUUGCUUUGAGAAGUGGAGAAAGGAAUAUGGCGACUUGUUCACGUUUUCCCUUGGCAAUCUUCAAAUACUGUACGUGACAAACCCUAAUAUGGCCAAGGAAAUGACCCUUUGUGCAUCCAUGGGAUUGGGGAAGUCUGGAUACCUACAAUAUGAAUUUGGUCCUUUGCUUGGGAGGGGCAUUUUGACAUCAAAUGGGGCAAUCUGGUCUCACCAAAGGAAAACCAUAGCUCCAGAGUUAUCCAUGGAUAAGGUUAAGGGCAUGGUGAACUUAAUGGUGGAGUCUGCAAGCUCAAUAGUGAAGACAUGGCAAGGGAGAAUUGAAAGUGAAGGAGGAGUUGCAGAGAUAAGAGCUGAUGAGGACAUGAGACGCACUUCUGCACUUAUAAUCUCCAAAGUUUUGUUUGGCAGCAGUUUCACCAAAGCCCUUGAUCUAAUUUCAAAGUUCAAAGAUAUUCAAAAUGCCUUGACUAUGCCAACCAUGCUCAAAGGACUUCCUGGCUAUAGAUACAUUCCGAGUGAGAAUAACAGAAAAAUAUGGAAGCUGGAGAAAGAGGUCCGUUCAGCGAUUCUAAAGAUUGUAAAGGAACGUAGUACAGAAAAUGAAAAUGAUAAAGGUGAUGAGCAAGAUCUAUUACAGAUGAUUAUUGAGGGUGCAAAGGAUGGUAAUCUUGGUCCAUACACAGCACAAGACUACGUCCUUGACAAUUGCAAGAACAUCUACUUUGCUGGGCUUGAAACUACUGCAAUUUCAGCCUUGUGGUGCUUGAUCCUACUGGCUUCUCAUCCUCAAUGGCAAGACCGCUGUCGUGCCGAGAUACUAGAAAUUUGUGGGGGAGGCCUACCUGAUGUAGAUAUGCUUCGCAAGAUGAAAACGACAACAAUGGUAGUUCAAGAGGUGUUGCGGCUGUAUCCACCAGGCUUGUUCAUGUCCAGAGAAGCUCUGCAAGAUAUCAAGUUGGGAGAACUUCUUGUGCCUAAAGGCGUCAACAUUUGGCUCUCGGUUCAUGCAUUACACCGAGACCCUGAACUUUGGGGACCUGAUGCCUGCAAUUUUAAUCCUGAGAGGUUUGCUAAUGGAGUUGCAGGUGCGUGUAAGCUUCCACAAACUUACUUGGCAUUUGGCAUGGGGCCUCGGAUUUGUGCAGGACAGAACUUUGCCACAAUAGAAUUGAAGAUCGUCCUUGCUGUAAUCCUCUCAAACUUCUCCUUCUCACUCUCUCCGAAGUAUCGUCACUCCCCUGUGUUUAAAAUUAUCAUACAGCCUGAUGAUGGAGUAAAUCUAAUUGUGAGGAAGGUCUGAAACUUGCAUCUAGCUAUGAUAAUAAACAUUAGAAAAGCUCUACAUGGUUGGUAUAUUUAUGAUACAUAAUUGAACAUGGUUGUUUGGGUUUUGUGUA